AUGAUGAUUAACAAUAAUUUUAACCAAGCAGAGCAAUUAUUCGACAAAUACAGAGAUUUUACUCCUCUUAUGCACGCUGGCUCAAGUUUUAUGUUAUUCAUGAAUGCCAUAAUUACGUUUGAAGAUGAAAAGUUAGAUUUGGCUUUGAAAAGCCUAAAAGCAACUGAAAAAUUAUGCCAAAUGGAAGAAAACACACUAUUCAAGUCUAUUAGUCGCUCUUUUAGGAAAAAGGAAGCCCCGAUUGACGAGUUACCUUUACCAGAGCGACUUCAACGUUAUGUAAUUAUUGCUGAUUGUUCUCUAUACAUGGCAAUUCUUACUUUUGUACGCCAAGGCAUUACCAGUUAUAUUAAAGGUGGUCUAAUGCUUCGCAAAGCUUGGAAAACCUACGAAAAAUGUUAUAAAAUGAUUAACGAUAUGAGCAAAGCUGAAAGUGAUAGUACUUCUCCAAAUAUUAUUAUCAAUGACAGUUCAAUUCAACGAUUGAAAGGUGCUAUUUUCUUUGGCUAUGGCUUAUUUAAUGUUUGCAUAUCGUUAAUUCCGCCGAGAGUAGUUAGACUUGCCCAGAUAUUUGGAUUUGGUGGAAAUAGAGAGAUGGGCAUUAAAUGCUUGGAAUUUUCUAGCAGGACAUCUGAUAUGAAAGCUCCUUUGGCUAAAUUGGCAUUAUUAUGGUAUCAUGUUAUUAUUAGGCCAUUUUAUGGACUAGAUGGAACAGAUCUAGCGGCUGGUAUCGGGGAAGCAGAACGGAUCAUAGCAGAAUCAAAAGAAUAUGAAGAAUCAGCUUUAUUUUUGUUCUUCCAAGGGCGAGUUCGUAGAAUCCAGAAGGAUAUAUUAGGUUCUUUAGAUGCUUUUAACACUGCUGUACAAGUGGCAAAAGAGCAAACUGCAAUCCAGCAGUUAUGCUGCUACGAGAGAGGAUGGUGUCACAUGAUUAAUAUGAAUUGGCCGUCAGCUGUUCCUGAAUUUGUUCUUUUAAAGAAAGAGUCUCGUUGGUCUCAAUCGUAUUAUACCUAUCUAGCAGCUAUAACACUAGGUGCAUCCGGUAGCAUGAAGCAAGCUUCUGAACAGAUGAAACUAGUACCGCAGUUAGCUAGAAAGCGAGGAAACGCUCCUGAGCUAUUUGUUAUUCGCAAAGCUAAUCAAUAUAAAGAUGUAAUUUUACAACCUCAUAAUUACGUUCUGUUGAUCCUGGAAGUCAUCUAUUUGUGGGGAGCAAUUAGGAUUUGUGGUGAUCACCAGCUUAGACAGUUCUUAAUUGAAACUGAAAGAUCUCAAGAAUCAUACAUAUCCUCUCUACAAGUAUUUAUGCUGGGUAUUUUACAUUUACAACUACGAGAUAUUCAGCUGGCUGAGCAGUAUUUGAAAGAAGCAGUUCGUACCUCCAAGAAAUCUCGGCAAGAUAACUAUAUUGCACCAUAUGCUACUUACGAGUUAGGAUUACUAUUAACCGAACAUGCACAGGGUGUAAGUCAAGGAAAAUCACUUUUAAAUCAAGCAAAGGACAAUUAUAGCGGCUACGACCUGGAAAAUCGAUUACAUUUUAGAAUUCAUUCGGCUUUAAGCAGAUUAAAAUAG